GGCCUGACUGAACAUUGUCUUCAGAGAACCAGUCCUGCUGGUGAACCAGGCAGAGCUUACCGGAGCCCAAACCAUCAAACCAUCAUGUCGGGGAAGAAGAGCCAAGAGAAGGCUUGCAGCGACAACAAGCAGACGGAAGAUCCUUCUUCUAGGCCUGAGGUACAGGUGCCUGUGAACUAUGUGUACCGCCUACUGCAGGAGGAGCAAUACACCCCCUGCCUAGGUUCCACAACUUCUGACUUCCUCCUUGCCAUGCUUGAUUACCUUACCGACUACAUCCUGGAGGUGGUGGGCUCCGAAGCCAACAUCAACAGCCAGCAAAAUAUUUCACAAGAUAGAGAGAGACAGAGAGAGAAUGACCGUGAACCCCCUCAAGCCUUCAAGAAUGCGCCUUUCUCUCUGUUUGAUGAGAUGCCUGGACCCAGAAGGAAUGGCUAAAGAAUGGGGUUCACAACCCAAGAGUGGGAAGCCUCACAAACUCAGCUAGAACCAUGAAGGCUAAUAGCAGAGGAGGCUGCCCCCUGUGUCCAUGAAUACUAAUAAAAUGUUUAAAUG